AUGCACCAGCCCAUCCCGCCCUCCAGAAGCCUGAGAAAGCGGAAUAAGCGGAGAACCCCACAUUCUACAUGGCAAAAGACAAGGAAACAAGGCCCAUCACAACAUCCAGGGCCCAAGAUUCUGGGAGCAAAACCCGCUACUAAUCGGGACCUAAUUAGUGUGAGGAGCAUGGAGACUCUCACUUGCUCGCCUCCCCUAAUUGGUGCAUACCACACUGAUGACCCAAGGGGACAAGCGCAUAGGCCCUCCAUCAGGACACUCACACAAUACAUGCAUCCUGGCGGCACUCCCCUGCGAUCAUCAAUCACUCCCGAGUAG